UGCUGCUCCUGCAUGUCGUCUCUUCUCACUGAUCGUUCUUCUCAUCGCCGUUGGAUCGUCAGCGGCGCCGGCGUCGGUGACGCUUGGCGUGGUGCUAGACCUGACGAGCGAUGUGGGAAGGAAGAGCCUCACUUGCAUUUCCAUGGCCCUCGACGACUUCUACGUGAAAUACCCGAGCUACGCCACGCGUGCGGAGCUGAGCGUGAGGGAUUCGCGUGGAGACCUCUUCACGGCGGCAAAGACUACCGAGGAGCUCAUGGACAAGAAUGGCCAGGUGCAAGCCGAAGCCAUCAUCUCGCCUCAGACAUCACCGGAGGCCGAGAUAUUCGCCGGCAUCGCCGAACGCAACAGCAUCCCUAUACUUUUUUCCUCCGCCACAUCGCCGGCAUCGAGCUCGUCGCAAUCACGUUUGUUCGUGCGCACCGCACCCAACAUCAGCUCCCUGGCGCCGCCGAUUGCCGCCAUCUUCGAGGCAUUCGGGUGGCGCGCAGCCACCCUGCUCCACGAGGACUCGCCGUAUGGCAUCGGCUUCCUGUCGGCGCUGGUCCACGCCUUCCAAGGUUCAUGCAGCUUAACCGAUAGCGUGGCUGUGCCAGUAGAUGCGACAGACAGCCGCCUUGACAAGGCGCUCUAUUCGAUCAUGAUUGUGCCGACACGGGUGUGCAUCGUGCACAUGCGUCCAGCUCUUGCCGCGCGCCUCUUCCGUCGGGCCACUGCCGCCAUGAUUACGGGGCGGUAUGUCUGGAUUACCACCGCUGGCGUGGGCAACGCGGCGGACAACCUUCCUGCCCACGGUGACAUCGAUGAUGUGCAGGGGCUUGUCAGCCUGCUGCCUUAUGUACAAGCAACGGAUCAAGUCAGGAACUUCUCAAGACGGUUUAAGGUGAGGUUUCGGCAGGAGAACCCAGGUCUCGAGCAUGACGACCUGAAUGUGCCCGUGUCGCUGAUGUGGUUGUAUGACACAGCAUGGGCAGCCGCAGCAGCAGCUGAGGUCUCCUUCCUAACGCCACCGCUAACAUUGCUCGAUGCUCUGCUCAUCACCAAGUUUGACGGCCUGACUGGAAGGUUCAGGCUGGUCGACGGACAGAGGCAGGUAUCGGCGUACGAGAUCGUGAAUAUCAUAGGCCAAGGCUCCAGGACGGUCGGUUUCUGGACGCCGGAGUCGGGAAUCUCGACGAGCUUGUACCCCAAUAGUGCACGGAAAGAGCUCAAGCAGAUCCUCUGGCCAAGCGAGAUGUCGGGCAUCCCGGUGGGGUGGAGCUUGUCUCCCAACGGACGGGUGCUCCGUGUCGCCGUCCCCGUGAAGUCCGGAUUCCCCCAAUUGGCGGGGACUUCCAGCGAUCCAACCAGGGGCGGCAGGGACACAGUGUCAGGCUACUGCAUAGACGUGUUCGACGCGGCCAUGAAAAGACUCAACUAUCCAGUUCAUUACAUCUACUCCAUGUGCCAGUUAACGCUAGCAUGACGUCAUAUGAAACGCUUGUGGACCUGGUGCAUGACAAGAAAGUGGACGCGGUGGCAGGAGACAUGACGAUCACCCGGAGCAGGAUGACGCGGGUUUCCUUCACGAUGCCAUUCGCGGAGACGGGUUGCUCAAUGAUGAUGGCCGAGGUC